AUGAAGGUGAGCGUAGAGAUAAUAACGGGGACAUUUAUAGAUACGGAGGUGAGAGAGAAUGCAACGGUGAAGGAAUUAAAGGAGAAGAUUGCAACGGAUGUGAAAUUAUCGGUGAAGCGUUUGAUACUUGUGGUGGGAGGUGAGGAUGAGAGGAGAAUGGUGAUGGAGGAUGAAGAUGAAAUGACGUUGAGAGAUUUAGGAGUGAUAGAAGAUUCUCAUAUGUAUUUGUUCUUUAAGCAUCCUGAUUUGGUUCACAAGGAAGAGAGAUCUCAAGGAGGAGGAGGAGGAGGAGAUGAUGCUUCUAUGGAGGAGAUCUCGUCGGACGCAGAGAAUAGAGGAGAAACCGAAGAGGAGGAAAAGACGAAAAUAGACGGUGAAGAGGAAGGCAAGGCGAUGAAGAGUACUGAAGAAGACAGUAGAGAUGCGGAAGUAGAAGAAGGAGAGAAGGAGAAGAAUGGAGAAGAAGAAAAGGAUGCUGCUGCUGAAUGUGAAAAAGAGGAAGCAAAAGAGGGUGAAGAAGUGGAAGUCUAG